AAAAUAAUAAUACCGAGUGUAUAUCAGACACAACGUGUGCACUCACACAAAGCUGAGAUUUCUGUCUCUUCAAAAAUAGGCAGCAUUUUAUCUGGGGCUUUUUAAUACAAUCCAAUGUCAGCUAGGACAGAGCUUUAAAUUAUAUCUGUUCAGUCUCUGUUGUGGUUUUAUAGCUGUUCCCAGCGUUAAGAAGAGAUAAACUGAACACGAGAAAAUCGCUUGUUUUGAAGCCUAUUUUUGUCAGUCGAAGAAUUCUUCACAUCGAUUCUGCUGCUGGGCUAGUAUAUAGGAGCGUUUGUUGCAGUUGAGCUUUGUCCCCUCCGUAUAUGUUUCCUGUGCGAGUUGUCUCAACAUGCCAAAAGCAAACAGGUUUACUUUGGAGGAGAGGAUGGCUGUUCUGGAGCUGAUCAAGCCGAAAGUGGCUAUAGUGGACGCAUUGACCAGUGAUUUCAUGGCCAAUGAGAAGAAGAAAGAAGUUUGGGAAGAAAUUACCAGGGACUUUAUCAAGGACCGUCCCGAUAGACAGGAAUUGACCUCUAAAGAGGUGAGAGAACUAUGGCGAAGGGUAAAACACAGAGCUAGAAUGGAUGUUCGUCACGCCAUUCAGAAUGCCAAGGUGGGACACGUCAGAUCCAUGGGAGAAGCAGACAACUUGGGUUGGCUCCCUGACGAUAACACUGGUCACAAGGUCAUCGACAUCAACGACCUCGGUUUAGAAGUCGAUACUAAGUUCAUCACUGACUUCGUGCCUUUGCUCGAAGAAGAAGCGACUGUGCUUGAGACACGGAACGGUGUCUUGCUAGACUAUAAUGAAAAGGGCAGUGCGAAGGAAAAGCGACGGGCGUCUUCGAGUCAUUCAGUGCCUUCUAAUGGACAAAAUAAAGUAGCCAAAACCGAAUCGAUGGGUGGUACUGAUGUCUAUGAAGUCAUAGAGGUCGAGGAUAGGACGUCACCAGUAGCAGGAACACCACUUGACAGUGACCUGUCAAGUUCAAACCAAGAAAACCAAGGAGACACUUCACAGAUUGAUAGUAUGUAUGGUGUUCAUGGGGGUAUUCAGAUCGCUGCUGUAAUGAGCCAACAGCCAGAGUUUGCCCCAGAUACAACCAGUCGGAGUGCAUCGCAUCAUUUCGACCAGCACCAGCGGGUUAGAACAAGCACAACCACGGUAAUGAACCCCUCACUGAAACCGGCAAUGAACUCGAAACUCGGUAUGUACAUCGGUAUGAACUCAAAUGCACACUCCAUGGUCCAUCCGAGUAUGGACACACCAAUGAGCUCGGACAUGAACACGAACAUGGCAUCGGAUAUGGGUAUGAACUCGGGUACGACCAGGGCAUCGACAGCGACGAAAGACACUGGUGGGGAGCUAACGGCGUUGUCGAUCGAGUUUUUAAAGAAGGAACAUGAAGCGAAGAUGGAGUUGAUUCGUUUGAAGCAAGCAGCUGCAAAGGCAAAAAGUGAAACAGCCAGGGCAAAAAGAUCCGCUUACGAUGAGAAAAGAAUGUUUUACUUCGAGAAAAGAAAGCAGUUGCAUGAAAAUCCUGUUUGAUUUGGGAAGAAAAGUAUUUUUCUAAAUUCGGAUUGAAACUUGGAAACAGAAAAAUAUAUAACUAUGAAACUCAUUGUCUCAAUCUGACUCGUUUACAAGAGUAAAAAAAACGCGGCUAAAACAAAUAAUAAAUUGUCUGAGUCAAGAGAUCGAUCUUCGACGAUGAACGGAUUGAUUUUAUACGCAUACCCAUUCUCUUACCAGUUUUGUCAUGAUCGUGAGGAAAAUGACCAUAAUCUUAUCAUAUUGUCAUUAUCAGAAACUUUCGAUUUUAUUGAAAAUUGCAGCAGUCUAUGAAGAAAAUGAAACUGAACAGCACAGGAUCUCUUAUUUUGCCAAUAAUGAAUAAUGGAUUUCUUUGCAUAAAAUGGACAGCAGCCAAUGCAAGGGAGUGAGCAACCAAAUCUUAAGAUAGGCUUAUUAUGAUCAAGAAAUUGAUGUUUUGUUAGAGAAGAAAGCAAUCACAUUGACAUGCGGAUUGAUAUUAUUACUGAUCCGGUAAUAAGUGUGUCUAGAUUACACUCGUCCACGUACGGGUCAAAAGCGACCCCGGAAUAUAUAUAGGGUUAGAUGUGAUCCAGAGUUAUAUCUGAACUUAUUCCGGGUCAUUUUGACCCCGGGGGUUUCGAUCCAAAGGAGGUGUGGUAUCAAUGGACUGAUUUCCCUGUUUCGAAGAGUGUGCAAGACUGCAAGUGUAUUCGAGUGGAAAGGAUUUAGAUAAAUAUUGACAGUGACGACAUGGUGAUUCUGAUACCUGGGGAGCGUUUCAUCAACACUUUUGUUUGACAAUUUGUCAGAUCUGACAUCUUUCCUUCAUUCUGAUUUGCUGAGAGGCACCGUUACUAUGGUAACUGUCGGAUAAAACAUCCGACAAGUCCUUUCAUGAAACGCUCCCCUGUUCCAUAUCGGCAAAUAUUUGAGUAAUUCAUGUAGUCAUUAUUUUUUACUAGAUAAACGUAAAACAAUAUAUUAUCAUCGACUUACCUGUUAUGACUUUUCUUUAAAAAAAGAUAUGCACAGUUUUAGAAUUCCAUUUUAGAUGAAAGUCAGCCUGAUUAUCAACUAUUGUUAAAAAACACUUUUGAGUAACAAAGUUCAAUCAUUUUAUGUAAAUGACAGGUUUGCCCUGUUAUACAAUAAGUGCCCCCCUUCGUUUUUAUUUCAUUUUAGAUUGACGGAUUAUAAGAGACUUAUAUAAAAGGCAAGUCCCACUGAUUUAAUUGAGUUUAUAUUGAUUUUCUAAGAUUUUGUGUUUACAGUAGAAGAAUUUCAGGGGGUGGUGAGGGUCACCCAUUACCGAUAUUUAUAAGUUACCUGUUUUCUGCCUUUUUAAUUUGUGUCAGUAUUUCGAAAAAAGGGGCAAUUUUCGUAAAAGGUAAAUCUAUAUCUUUAGCAUGUUUUUUAAAAGAUGUUUUUCGAAAUACGACACUAAUGUAUGCUAACUCGCUCUGCUAGCUCUCAUAUUGAUGAGACAUCACGCACAAAACCAAAGUAACUUUGACGAAUUCAGUAAAAAAAAACUGUCACCGCAAAAGUCAGAUUUAGGAAUCACAGAAAUUAGCAUAAUUAUGUGACAUUAGUGUCCUUUUUAUUAUUUUUACUUUUCUGUAAAUAGUGUAUUGUAUA